ACACUGCAGCAGGUCAGGGAGCAGAUCGACUCCUACGAGAAAAUCUACGAGGAGGUGAAUCACAUCGAGCCCAUCCACAUUGUCCACAGCUGGAUGAGGGUGGAUGCUCGGCCUUUCAAGGCAGCUUUGCUCAAUGAGAUUAAAAGGUGGAGCUUGGUGUUCAAGCAGCAUCUCCUGGAUCAUGUCACACACAGCUUGGCUGACCUUGAGGAGUUCAUCAAAACUGCUGAGAAAGGCUUGAGCAGGAAGGUUGAGAAAGGCGAUUACAACGGCUUGGUGGAGGUCAUGGGGCACCUCCUGGCCGUGAAGGAACGACGCAGUGCCACAGAUGCCAUGUUUGAGCCCCUGAAGGAAACCAUCGAGCUGCUGAGGGCCUACGAGCAGCAGCUGCCUGAGGAAGUCCACCAGCAGCUGCAGGAGCUUCCAGAGAAGUGGAACCAUGUGAAGAAGCUGGCAGUGGCUGUGAAGCAGCACGUGGCUCCACUGCAGGCCAACGAGAUGGCAGUCGUGAGGCAGAGCUGCAUGGCCUUUGACGCCGAGCAGCAUCGCUUCCGGGAGAGGUUCGGCAGAGAAGCUCCCUUCAGGUUUGACACCAAAGAGCCUUAUCAACUGCUGGAUGCAAAGCACAUGGAGAUUAAGCAGCUGGAGGCAGCCAUGGCCUCGAUUCACCAAUCAGCUGGUCUCUUUGAAGUCAUGGUGCCAGAUUACAAACAGCUGAAACAGUGCAGGAAGGAGCUGUGUCUUCUCAAAGAGCUCUGGGAUGUGAUCUCCCUGGUGAACACCAGCCUGGAUGACUGGCAGACCACCAAGUGGGUGGAUAUUAAUGUAGAAAACAUGGAUCUGGAGUGUAAGAAGUUUGCAAGAGAGAUCAGGAAUUUGGAUAAGGAAAUGAGGGCAUGGGAUGCAUUCAGUGGGCUGGAGAGCAAGGUGAAGAACAUGCUGACAGCCCUGAAGGCUGUGGCAGAACUCCAAAAUCCUGCCAUCAGGGAGAGGCACUGGAACCAGCUGAUGCAGGUGAUGGGUGUGAGGUUUGUGAUGGACUCGGACACCACUCUGGCUGACCUCCUCAAGCUCAACCUGCACAAAUUUGAGGCAGAGGUCCAUGGCAUUGUGGACAAAGCAGUGAGAGAAAUGAGCAUGGAGAAAGUGCUGAAGGAGCUGAGGAUGACUUGGAGCACCAGAGAGUUCCAGUAUGAGCCUCACCCCAGGACCAACAUCCCAUUGCUGAAGUCAGAUGAGGAGCUCAUUGGAACUUUAGAAGACAACCAGGUGCAGCUGCAGAACCUAAUGAACUCCAAAUACAUUGCUUUCUUCUUGGAAGAGGUGUCUGCAUGGCAGAGGAAGCUGUGCACUGCUGACUCUGUCAUUGCCCUCUGGUUCGAGGUGCAGCGCACGUGGUCUCACCUGGAGAGCAUAUUCAUAGGCUCAGAAGACAUCAGGGCACAACUUCCCAAGGACUCCAAACGCUUUGAAGGGAUUGAUGUGGAUUUUAAAGCACUGGCCCAUGAAGCUCAGAAAACCCCAAAUGUGGUUGAGGCCACCAAUAAACCAGGUCUGUCCCAACAGCUGGAGGACAUUCAGAGCAGGUUGUCUUUGUGUGAGAAGGCUCUGGCUGAAUAUUUGGACAUGAAGAGGUUGGCUUUUCCCAGAUUUUACUUCAUUUCUUCUGCAGAUUUAUUGGAUAUUCUCUCCAAUGGCACCAACCCACAUCUGGUGCAGUGCCAUCUUUCCAAACUCUUUGACAACUUGGCCAAGAUGAAAUUCCAAGUGGACUCUGAGCAAAAGGUAACCAAGAUUGGCCUGGGGAUGUACAGUAGAGAGGAGGAAUACGUCCAGUUCAGUGACCCCUGUGACUGCAGUGGGCAGGUCGAGGUGUGGCUCAGUCGGCUCCUAGACACCAUGAGGGCCACCGUGAGAGCUGAGAUGACAGCAGCUGUUGUGGCAUAUGAGGAGAAGCCAAGGGAACAGUGGAUCUUUGACUACCCUGCCCAGGUGGCUCUUACGUGCACCCAGAUCUGGUGGACAACUGAGGUGGGAAUUGCCUUCUCCAGGAUGAAGGAAGGCUACGAGAAAGCCAUGAAGGAGUACCACAAGAAGCAGGUGGCCCAGUUGAACACCCUGGUGACCAUGCUGGUAGGACAGCUCUCCAAGGGAGACAGGCAGAAAAUCAUGACCAUAUGCACCAUUGACGUGCACGCUCGGGAUGUGGUGGCUAAGAUGAUAGCACAGAAGGUGGACAACUCCCAGUCCUUCAUCUGGCUGUCACAGCUCCGGCACAGAUGGUCGGAUGAGGAGCAGCACUGCUUUGCCAACAUCUGUGAUGCUCAGUUCUUGUAUUCCUAUGAAUACCUUGGCAACACCCCUCGGCUUGUGAUCACCCCCCUGACAGACAGGUGUUACAUCACCCUGACCCAGUCCCUGCACCUGACCAUGAGUGGAGCACCUGCAGGCCCUGCAGGCACUGGCAAGACAGAGACCACGAAGGAUCUGGGACGUGCCCUGGGCAUCAUGGUGUAUGUGUUCAACUGCUCUGAGCAGAUGGACUACAAGUCUUGUGGGAAUAUCUACAAAGGCCUUUCCCAGACUGGAGCCUGGGGCUGUUUUGAUGAGUUUAACAGGAUCUCAGUCGAGGUCCUUUCUGUGGUUGCUGUGCAGGUGAAGAGUGUGCAGGAUGCAAUAAGGGAGAAGAAGAAAUCCUUCAAUUUUCUUGGAGAAGACAUCAACUUAGUCCCCUCAGUAGGCAUUUUCAUCACCAUGAACCCUGGUUAUGCAGGACGAACGGAGCUACCCGAGAACUUAAAAGCUCUUUUCAGGCCCUGUGCCAUGGUUGUGCCAGACUUUGAGCUGAUCUGCGAGAUCAUGUUGGUGGCUGAGGGGUUCAUCGAGGCCCGGGCGCUGGCCAGGAAGUUCAUCACUCUCUACCAACUCUGCAAAGAGCUCCUGUCCAAGCAGGACCACUACGACUGGGGUUUGCGUGCAAUCAAGUCAGUGCUGGUCGUUGCAGGCUCCCUCAAGCGCGCCGACCCAGAGCGACCUGAAGAGCAGGUCCUCAUGCGCUCCCUGAGGGACUUCAAUGUCCCCAAGGUCGUGACAGAUGACCUGCCAGUGUUUCUGGGGCUGAUUGGGGACCUGUUCCCUGCCCUGGAUGUGCCUCGGAAGCGGGACCUGGGUUUCGAGGCGGUAGUGCGACAGGCUGUGCUGGAGCUGCAGCUGCAGCCUGAGGACAACUUUGUGCUCAAAGUGGUGCAGCUGGAGGAGCUGCUGACAGUCAGGCACUCUGUGUUCGUGGUGGGGAACGCAGGGACAGGCAAGUCACAGGUGCUGAAGUCCCUGCACAAGACUUAUCAGAUAAUGAAGCGCCGACCUGUGUGGACAGACCUCAACCCCAAGGCAGUCACCAAUGAUGAGCUGUUUGGCAUCAUUAACCCAGCAACAAGAGAAUGGAAAGAUGGGCUGUUUUCAUCGAUCAUGAGAGAACUGGCCAACAUGACACAUGAUGGGCCCAAGUGGAUGGUGCUAGAUGGAGAUAUUGAUCCGAUGUGGAUUGAGUCUCUUAAUACUGUGAUGGAUGAUAAUAAGGUGCUGACCCUGGCCAGCAAUGAGAGGAUCCUCCUGAACCCAACAAUGAGGUUGGUGUUUGAGAUCAGCCACUUGCGCACAGCCACUCCAGCGACCGUGUCCAGAGCAGGGAUCCUGUACAUCAACCCGUCGGAUCUGGGCUGGAAUCCUCCAGUGAGCAGCUGGAUUGACAGGAGAGAGGUCCAGUCUGAAAGAGCCAACCUGACCAUUUUGUUUGAUAAGUACCUGCCAGUCUGCCUGGACACCCUCAGAACAAGAUUUAAGAAGAUCAUUCCCAUUCCUGAGCAGAGCAUGGUUCAAAUGCUGUGUUACCUCCUGGAAUGCCUCCUGACAGAGGAGAACACACCUCCUGACUGCCCCAAGGAGCUUUAUGAGCUUUACUUUGUCUUUGCUGCUGUCUGGGCCUUUGGUGGGUCCAUGUUUCAGGACCAGCUCGUGGACUACAGAGUGGAGUUCAGCAAGUGGUGGGUGGCAGAAUUCAAGACCAUCAAGUUUCCCUCUCAGGGCACAGUCUUUGACUUUUAUAUUGAUCCGGAAACAAAGAAGUUUGAGCCUUGGUCUAAACUGAUUCCCCAGUUUGACUUUGAUCCGGAGAUGCCAUUACAAGCUUGCCUGGUGCCCACAAGCGAGACAAUGCGUGUGAGGUACUUCCUGGACAGGCUCCUGGAGCGACGGCGCCCGGUGAUGCUAGUGGGCACUGCUGGCAUGGGGAAGUCUGUGCUGGUGGGGGACAAGCUCUCCUCGCUGGACACAGAUGUUUACCUGGUGAAGAAGGUCCCAUUUAACUACUACACCACCUCUGCCAUGCUGCAAGGUGUGCUGGAGAAGCCUCUGGAUAAAAAGGCUGGCAGGAACUACGGCCCUCCAGGGACCAAGAGGCUCAUCUACUUCAUUGAUGACCUGAACAUGCCUGAGGUGGACACGUAUGGAACGGUGCAGCCUCACACGCUGCUCAGGCAACACCUGGACUAUGGCCACUGGUAUGACAGGACCAGGCUGUCACUGAAGGAGAUCACCAAUGUGCAGUAUGUGUCCUGCAUGAACCCGACUGCGGGGAGCUUCACCAUCAACCCCCGGCUGCAGCGUCACUUCUGCGUCUUUGCUCUCUCCAGCCCUGGCCAGGAUGCCUUGUCCAGGAUCUAUAGCACCAUUUUGGUGCAGCAUCUGACAAGUGGGAAUUUCUCAGAGGCUGUGCAAAACUCAGCUCAGCAGCUCAUUGCUCUCUCCCUGGGGCUGCAUAGGAAAGUGGCUGCCACCUUCCUGCCAACAGCUGUCAAGUUCCACUACAUCUUCAACCUGAGAGACUUCUCCAACAUCUUCCAAGGCCUUCUCUUCUCGACCCCUGAAUGUCUGAAGCAACCCCAAGACCUGCUGAAGCUCUACCUGCAUGAGUCAAACCGUGUGUACAGGGAUAAGAUGGUUGAAGAAAAGGAUUAUGAAACCUUUGAUAAAAUCCAGAGGGAUAUGGUGAAGAAAUUCUAUGACGACAUUGAGGAAACUCUAGAGCAGACCAAGCGCAUGAAUGUUUAUUGCCACUUUGCUAAAGGCAUUGGGGAACCUGGAUAUAGUCCUGUUCCAACCUGGGAGGAGCUGAACCGGAUCCUCGUGGAAGCCUUGGAGAACUACAAUGAAGUCAAUGCUGCCAUGAGCCUGGUGCUGUUUGAAGAUGCCAUGUGCCAUGUGUGCCGCAUCAGCCGUAUCCUGGAGUCUCCCCGGGGGAAUGCACUGCUGCUCGGUGUCGGGGGCAGUGGGAAGCAGAGCCUGACCCGCCUGGCAGCUUUCCUCAGCAACCUAGAGGUGUUCCAGAUCACCCUGAGGAAAGGCUAUGGCAUCUCUGACCUGAAGGCAGACCUGACUGAUGCACAAGUGGCAGAUGAGCAGUUCCUGGUGCUGGUGAAUGAUUUCUUAGCAUCAGGAGAAAUCCCAGAUCUCUUCCCUGACGAUGAAGUGGAAAACAUCAUCAGCAGUGUGAGGAGUGAGGUCAGAGGCCGAGGGCUGCUGGACUCCAGGGAUACCUGCUGGAGGUUUUUCAUAGAGCGUGUUCGGCGGCAGCUGAAGGUCGCGCUGUGUUUCUCCCCUGUCGGCCCCAAGCUGCGUCUUCGCAGCAGGAGGUUCCCUGCCCUCACCAGCUGCACCACCAUUGACUGGUUCCAGGAGUGGCCUCAGGAGGCCCUCGAGUCCGUCAGCCUCUGCUUCCUGCGGGACGUGGAGAUGGUGGAGGAUUCACUGAAAGAGUCCAUAAGCAAAUUCAUGGCUCAUGUCCACGUCAGUGUCAACGAGAUGUCCCGAGUGUACCUGAGCACCGAGCGCAGGUACAACUACACCACCCCAAAAUCCUUCCUGGAGCAAAUCAAGCUCUACCAGAAUCUGCUAGUGAAGAAGGACAAGGAUUUAAAGGCAAAAAUGGAGCGGCUGGAGAACGGCCUGGAGAAGCUCAACAGCACAUCUGCACAGGUAGAUGAACUGAAGGCCAAAUUGGCAGCACAAGAGGUGGAGCUGAAGCAGAGGAAUGAGGAUGCUGACAAGCUGAUCCAGGUGGUGGGGGUGGAGACGGAGAAGGUGAGCAGAAAGAAGGCAGUGGCCGAUGAGGAGGAGCAGAAGGUGGCCCUGAUCACACAGGAGGUCGAGCAGAAACAGAAGGACUGUGAGGAGGACCUGGCCAAGGCUGAGCCUGCCUUGGCAGCUGCCCAGGCUGCUCUCAACACCCUCAACAAGACAAACCUGACUGAGCUGAGGUCCUUUGGGUCACCUCCUCCUGCCGUCAGCAACGUCACCGCAGCCGUCAUGGUGCUGACGGCCCCAGGAGGGAAGAUCCCCAAGGACAGGAGCUGGAAAGCAGCAAAAGUCGCCAUGGCCAGGGUGGAUGCCUUCCUGGACUCCUUGGUCAAGUUCAACAAGGAGAACAUCCAUGAGAACUGCCUCAAAGCCCUUCAGCCCUACCUGGAAGACCCCAAGUUCAAGCCUGAGUUGGUGGCCACCAAGUCGUACGCGGCCGCAGGGCUGUGCUCCUGGGUGCUGAACAUUGUGCGCUUCCACCAGGUGUACUGCGAGGUGGAGCCCAAGCGACAGGCCCUGAGCAGGGCCAACGCCGAGCUGGCAGCUGCCCAGGACAAGCUGGCCAGCAUCAAGGCCAAAAUUGCUCGCCUCAAUGAGAACCUGGGGAAGCUGACAGCCAAGUUUGAGAAGGCCACUUCAGACAAACUCAAGUGUCAGCAAGAAGCUGAAGCUACAGCGUGUACCAUCGCUCUUGCAAACCGCCUGGUUGGAGGACUUGCGUCUGAGAACGUGAGGUGGGCUGAGGCCGUGAAGGACUUCAGACGGCAGCAGAGCACCUUGUGUGGAGAUGUCCUGCUGGUCACAGCCUUCGUGUCCUACCUGGGCUACUUCACCACUAAAUACAGGCAGGACCUCCUGGAAGGCAGCUGGAAACCAUGUUUGCACCAGCUGAAGGUGCCGCUGGGUGCCAGCCUGGCCCCCGUGGCCAUGCUGGCGGACGAGGCAGCCGUGGCCGCGUGGCACAACCAGGGGCUCCCUGCAGACCACAUGUCCACAGCCAACGCUGCCAUCCUGCACUGCUGCGAGCGCUGGCCCCUCAUGGUGGACCCUCAGCUCCAGGGCAUCAAGUGGAUCAAAACCAAAUACGGCCAAGAGCUCCGAGUGAUCCGAAUGGGGCAGAAAGGGUAUCUGGACACUCUGGAACGAGCCCUGGCUGCAGGAGAACUGGUUUUGAUUGAAAACCUGGAGGAAUCUGUGGAUCCAGUGCUUGGCCCCUUACUGGGACGAGAAACGAUCAAGAAAGGCAGGUACAUUAAGAUUGGGGACAAGGAGUGUGACUUCAACCCUGCUUUCCGCCUCAUCCUGCACACCAAGCUGGCAAACCCUCACUUCCAGCCUGAGCUGCAGGCCCAGUGCACCCUCAUCAACUUCACCGUGACUCGGGACGGGCUGGAGGAGCAGCUGCUGGCGGCCGUGGUGCGCAUGGAGCGGCCUGACCUGGAGGAGCUCAAGUCAGAUCUCACAAAGCAGCAGAACGGAUUCAAGAUCACCUUGAAAACAUUAGAGGACAACUUGCUCUCUCGGCUGUCAUCAGCAUCUGGGAAUUUCCUGGGAGACACAGCCUUGGUGGAGAACUUGGAAAUCACUAAACAGACAGCUGCAGAAAUCGAGGAGAAGGUUAAAGAGUUCAAGGUGACAGAAGCCAAGAUCAACGAGGCCAGAGAACACUACAGACCGGCGGCCACGAGGGCCUCACUGCUCUACUUCACCAUGAAUGAGCUCCACUCCAUCCACCCCAUGUACCAGUUCUCACUCAAGGCAUUCAGCAUGGUGUUCCAGAAAGCCAUCAAGAGAGCAGCUCCAGCUGAGAGCCUUGUGGAGCGUGUGCUGAACCUCACCGACAGCAUCACCUUCUCCGUGUUCCAGUACACGACUCGGGGGUUGUUUGAGUGUGACAAACUGACCUACACUGCUCAGGUCACCUUCCAGAUACUUCUGAUGAGUAAAGAAAUCAACCCAGCAGAACUGGACUUCUUGCUGAGGUACCCAGCACAGCCUGGAGUCACGAGCCCUGUGGAAUUCCUGUCGGACAAUGCCUGGGGAGGCAUCAAG